GGAAAAAGAUCCCCGGAGAAGCGCCGCACAGUCAGCGCCCACAACAAACAGGAAAAUGGUUGGAAUCUCUCUUUGACUGUUUCAGUGGACUCGCCAAACGUAGAGGCCACUAUCCCUCUCCCUCCCUCCAGCCUCACCUCACCCCACCCCCUCACCAGCCGCCAUGUCGUGCCGUGACAUCCACGCCACCAAUGCCUUCUCCUUUGUCAUCGCGCUGCUGUCGCUGGGUGGGCUGCUGGUUGCCACGGUGAUCCCGCAGUGGCGCACCACGCGUCUCAUCACCCACGACGCUAAUGCGCGCAACGUGACGGUCUACGACGGCCUUUGGACCAAGUGUGUGAAGCGCGAGGGAUCCACCGGCUGCUACUACUUCGACCCGGACUGGUGGGCCAAGGUGGACCAGUUGGAUCUGCGUCUGCUGCAGAUGUGCCUUCCCACCGGCGUGGCCCUGGCGACGCUGGCCCUCUUCCUGAUGCUGAUGGGCAUGUGCAAGACGGCCUGCUGCUCCAAGGAGCCCGAGGACAUCCGCGGCCGCUGCUGCCUGGUCAACAGCGUGGGCUGCCACCUGGUGGCCGGGAUGUUCCUCUUCCUGGGCGGCGGCGCGGCCAUGCCCCCCUCCGUCUGGUUCCUGUUCCACACGGAGGAGCUGAACCGGCGCUACGAGGGCGUGUUCGCGGUGGACUUUGCGGUGUACGUGGCCAUCGGGAGUGCGGGGGGCCUGCUGCUGGCUGCGCUGCUGCUGUUCAUGUGGUACUGCAUGUGCAAGAAGCUGCCCUCGCCCUUCUGGCUGCCCUUCCCCGAGCCGCCCGUCAUGCCCGGCAGCCUCUCCGCACAGCCGCUCACCGCCAACGCCGUGGGCAUGAUGCCGCCCUCGCCCGGCGCCUACGGCCCGCAGUUCAUGGAGGGCCCCCCAGGUAGCGUUGGAGGAUUUGUGGGCACCAUGGGGCCGUCUGGGUACCCGGCCAGCGUCACCAUGCAGCCGCUGCACUCCCAGAUGUACACGGCGGCCGCGCAGAUGGCGGGGCAGGACGGGGGGUACGGCUCGGAGGCAGGCGUGCCCCUGACGUACGGCUACGCUGCCUCGCAAGGUUACGCUGCUUCACAGGGUGGUUACGCCCAGUCGCAAGCGGGUUACGCUCCGUCGCAAGCGGGUUAUGCUCCGUCGCAAGCGGGCUACGGCCAAUCACAAACGGGCUACGCCCAGUCGCAAGCGGGCUACGCAGCGUCUCAGGCGGGCUACGCGCCGUCACAGCAAGGGUACGGUGGCGGCGGUGGUUCUCAGCGAUACGCUAGCCAUCGCUACUCCUCGCGGUCGCGGCACUCCGGCAUUGAGAUUGACAUUCCUGUCCUCACGGAGUGACACUGGUGACCGAUUCAAUGUGUCUCGUUGGAGUCCGUGAGUUUUUGUUUUUAUAUGUGUGUGUAUUUCUGUUUUUGUUUUGAACUCAUUUGAAGUUUUAUAUAUCUUUUAAGGAGGUGGCCUUGAUCGCUUUUGGUCUGGCGGUGCCAUGAAGGACUGUAGAGAAAAGCUUGUAGCAGAAAAUUGGCUUGGUGUAAUUGAAGGAAAAAUUUGAAGGGGGACAUUGUUACAUGGAGGGAUCUGCAGUCUUGGAAUUGUACGUACUCAAAUUUUAGACUCGAGUAUUGAAACACGCAACAAAAGAGGUUCAAAUGGACCUUGCACUGUU